AUGGGUCACGGAAACUCGAACAAGCUCUACAUCACCCACCAGGAGCACGCGGGCUUCUUCGGCAACCACUCGUCCUCGACAGGAUACAAGAAAAAGUCCGAAGCACCACACCCUGGGACGCGCACUCCCUUCGACUGUUGCGCGCUUUCCUUCCAACCUUUCUCGCAUCCCGUAUGCGCGAGGAAUGCAGAUGGGACGGGGACUGUCUUUGAUUUGACCAACAUCAUCCCAUGGCUCAAGCAGCACAAUAACACCCACCCCAUCACUAAAGAACCCCUCACACCCGCUGAUCUCAUUCCCUUGCACUAUGCGCACAAGGAGUCAUCUGGCGAAACUAUCGACCCCAUAUCCUACAAGCCCUUCAGCGAGCACUCGCACAUUGUCGCAAUUGCCACCACUGGCAAUGUCUUUCUGGCAGACAGCAUCAAGGGGAAUAGGGAUCUGGUGAACGACGUACCGUUCAAGAAGCAGGACGUUAUCACAUUGCAGAACCCUCAUGGAUUGCCUCCUGCUUCGGUCCCCACUACAGCUGCGUCGACGUCGAAGACCGAUGACAAAACCAAGGAUGAGAAGGCUGUCACGAAGCCAGCGACCUCUGGGCCCGUAGCUGCGCUCAAAAAAGAGAAGGAUCCUUGGAACGUUUCGCCUUACUCCAGCGGCGCGCCUGGCGCGUCCCUUACCUCUACCUCCGUCGACCCGCAAACGCAAUCUUCAAAAUUGCUGUGGGAUGAGGAAGAGCUGAUGUUCGAGGACUUCCACAAUUCGGCGAAGGGCAAGGGUAAGGAGAAGGACGUUGGCAAGCGGCGCGCGUAUGUGCGCGUGGUGACGAGCUUGGGUGGUGGCAGUCUGAACUUGGAGCUUUAUUGUGAGAAGGAUCAUCAGGCGCCGAAGACUUGCUACAACUUCUUGCAACUUGCGAAGGCUGGCAAAUACAAUGAUGUCUUGUUCCACAGAUUGGUGCCCGGAUUCAUGGCAAGUCUUGCCUCGACACGCGUCAUCCAAACUGGUGACCCAACUGGAACCGGCAGUGGUGGCGAGUCCUAUUGGGGAACGCCCUUUCGUGACGAGUACGACCUCAAGGGCGCCGCGCGGCAUGACAGCCGAGGUACCCUAGCUAUGGCCAACCGCGGGAAGGACACGAAUGGCUCCCAAUGGUAUAUCACCUUCCGCGCCACACAACACCUCGACCACAAGCACACCGUGUUCGGCAAGCUCGUCGGUGGCGAGGAUGUGCUCGACGCUCUCGAGAAGGUGCCCGUAAAGCCUGGUACGGAUAGGCCAGCGCGAAGUAUUCAUAUUAAGGAGGUUAUCAUCUACCAAGACCCCUUCGAAGAAUACCGCACCCGCCUCGCGCGCAAACUCGCCAAGCGCGAGCAGCAACAGAACACCGGUGCCGGUGCCGACGCGCAGAAGCGCAAAGAGGCCGGCGACGAUAUCAACUGGUUCGGCGUGAAGGUCGGCGCAGGGCAGGGUGGGAUAGGGAGCGGUGGUGGCGGGGGUGGGGUGGGGAAGUAUCUGAAUCUAGCAGGGGCUGGCGGUGGAGCGCCGAAGAGGUCCGCGCCAGCAGCGGCAGAUGAGGACGCGAAGAAGAAGCGGAAGGUUGGGUUUGGGAACUUCGAGGCGUGGUAG